CGGGCGCGGUCACGCGGGGCGGGCGCACGCGCGCUGCGGAUGCUCGCGCCGCCGGGAGCGGCGCGGCUCCAUGGGGAGAACAUGGCUCCCUUCCCCGAGGAGGUGGACGUGUUCUCCGCCCCGCACUGGCGCAUGAAGCAGCUCGUGGGGCUCUACUGCGACAAGCUUUCCAAGACCAACUUCUCCAACAACAAUGAUUUUCGGGCUCUGCUGCAAUCUCUUUAUGCCACGUUCAAGGAAUUUAAGAUGCAUGAGCAGAUUGAAAAUGAGUGUAUCAUUGGUUUGCUUCAGCAGCGUAGCCGGACAGUGUACAAUGUGCACUCGGACAACAAACUCUCAGAGAUGCUUAGCCUUUUUGAGAAAGGGCUAAAGAAUGUAAAGAAUGAAUAUGAACAGCUAAACUAUGCGAAGCAGCUGAAGGAGAGAUUGGAAGCCUUUACCAGGGACUUCCUUCCUCAUAUGAAAGAGGAGGAGGAGGUUUUUCAGCCAAUGUUGAUGGAAUACUUUACUUAUGAAGAGCUGAAAGAUAUUAAGAAGAAAGUAAUUGCACAGCACUGCUCACAGAAAGAGGCUGCAGAAUUUAGAGGUCUCAGUAAGUGGAAUCAAGCAGAAGAGCUUCAGAAGGUCUUUAAGUAUUCUGUGGAUGAGAAGGCAGAUCAAGAAACCGAAGUAACAGGGCACACCACAAACAUUACUAAUCUCCCUCCUGAAGUAAUGGUGACCAUUUUCAGUUACCUUAACCCACAAGAGUUAUGUCAGUGUAGUCAAGUAAGCACUGAAUGGUCACAGUUGGCUAAAACUGGAUCUCUGUGGAAACAUCUUUACCCUGUUCGCUGGGCUAGAGGUGAUUGGUAUAGUGGUCCUGCAGCAGAUACUGAGACUGAACCUGAUGAGGAAUGGGUGAAAAAUAGAAAAGAUGAAAGUCGUGCUUUCCAGGAAUGGGAUGAAGAUGCUGACAUAGAUGAAUCUGAAGAAGCAGCUGAAGAGUCACUUGCCAUUAAUAUAGCACAAAUGGAAAAACGUUUACUUCAUGGCCUAAUUCAUCAUGUCCUCCCGCUUGUGGGCUCCUCAGUGAAGACACUGGUACUGGCCUACAGUUCUGCAGCAUCCAGCAAAAUGGUUAGACAGAUCUUAGAGCUUUGCCCCAACUUGGAAUAUUUGGAUCUCACUCAAACUGAUAUUUCAGACUCUGUAUUUGAAAGUUGGUGUUCAGUUGGGUAUUGUCAAAAUCUACGCCACCUUGAUCUGUCUGGAUGUGAAAAAAUUACAGAUGUGGCUAUAGAGAGGAUUUCCAGAGCGCUGGGUAUCAUAUCAACUCAUCACACCAGAGGUAUUCUGAAAAGCUGCAGGAACAGGAAUGCUAAGACUUUGUGGAAAAACAGAGAGAUUACUCUGCAGUCCAACAAGAAGUAUAAUGGCUUGCAUGAAAUCAGCAAUGAAAAUCUCAUUCAGGGAGGAAAUGGUGAACAGCACUGGACUAAACCUGACGACUCAGAAAACUUCAAUUCUGCUUAUGUGUGGAUGCUAGAUGCAGAUGAUUUAGCUGACAUUGAAGAUGCUGCAGAGUGGAGACACAGAAAUGUUGAAGGAUUUUGUCUUAUGGAACCAACAUCCCAUAUUAAUUGUUCUGCAUUGUGCUACGGUAGAGACAUUUAUGGGUUAAGGACUAGAGGGUGGCAGCAGCACUGUGCUUCUACUGACUUGAUUUACUGCGGUCACUCGUUUUGUUGUGCUGGGACAGCACUAAGAACUAUUCGAGCACUUCCAGAGUCCUCUGCACUGUGUAAAAAACCAAUAAGGACUAAGCAGUCAGAGAAAAAAGACUCUGCAUACUCUGGGAGUGACAAAACAGAUGAAGAGACUGCACGAGUUCUUCAGUUUCUCAGUCUGUCAGGCUGUUACCAGAUAACAGACCGGGCUCUCAGGGCGCUGACUCUGGGAGGAGGACUGCCACAUCUGGAGCACCUGAACCUCUCGGGCUGUCUCACUGUAACUGGGGCAGGCCUGCAGGAGUUGGUUUCUGCAUGCCCCUCUCUAAAAGAUGAACACUUUUACUACUGUGACAACAUUAACGGUCCUCAUGCUGAAACCGCCAGUGGAUGCCAGAAUUUGCAGUGUGGUUUUCGGGCCUGCUGCCGCUCUGGCGAGUGACCGCUGACUUCUGAUCUCUCGGUCUACUUCAUUUAGCUGAGCAGGCUUCCUCUCAUGCACUUUACUUACAGUUCACAUCUUGUGUUAACAAUCCUUGGAGUGAGACUUGUUAUACUAGCCUGACCCUGCCCACAACUUCAGAAUCUUAAUUAUGAGUGUACUGUACAGUGUUGUAACAAUCUCACAACCUCAUUUGGCUUGAAGGGUGUUGGGUUUUACUUUACGUAAUUUGGGGAAGAUGGGAAAAUCUUCAGAUUUUUUUUUUUUUUAAUGCCACUUUAUUCCAGUUUUGGCACUUAAGUAUACUUUACUGGAUUAUUUUGUGUUAGGUGACUUUCUUUUUAUAAUUUUGAAUCCAUGAGUACAAUAUGAACCUCCGCAGAGAAUUUGAAUUUUAUUGUUUGCAUUUGGGUAACAAUUAUACAUCUUUAGGAGCCUGGUUUCUUCCCCUUUCUUCUCAUCCUAAAGUCGUUCUUUAUAUUGCAAAAUUAGGGAAAUUGCCACCUUCCUGUUGCAUUUGGUUUUGUAUUUGGGCUUGAAAGACAUACUCAAAUAAAACAUUCCCACCAAUAAAAAAAA